AUGCUGGUCCAAGUCGCUGCUCGCCGUUCGCAGUCUGACGUGCUUCGCGACGAUCACUGUGUAGAGAUACAGUCCAUGUUACUCUCUGUAGCCUCUGACUUAUCACCCUUCGAGAACGCCCUGUUGUCAUUAUCUUCGAACACCUUUUACAUCUUCGAUAAGUGGGGGUCUGAUCCCUUUUCUUAUGUCGCUCUGGAGCAGUACAUGCCAUCUCUGUGUGCAGCUGCUGUCAGGAAAGGUGUGUCUGAUACUGUCCACGCUUAUGCAAAAACUGUGGCUACUGCUGCGAAGGAGAAAUAUUUUUCGUGCUCUCGGGCGGAGGCGGAGUUAAUCAAGGCCGUUCUUGGAAUCCUUUCAAAUCAUUACCUGGAUGGUGUUCCGAAGUGGAGCUGA